AUGAUCUAUCAUGGCAUUGUAAAAGAUCUCUUCCCACCUGGGUCUGUGAUGUCUUUACAAUUAGUGGCUCAAAAAGUGCAUACAAUUGCUGCUGUUGGAUGUUGGGAUCAUUGUGUGUGCUCUGCUGAGGGUUUGAAGACUGUUGACAAAUGUUAUCCUUGUCCCCUGGCCAAUGGGGACUUCAGUACCAAGACUGGUUUGCUGUUGAAAGAUACUUAUCAGCCUUUACUGUCUGCCUUGGAGGAUUAUGUACACAGCAUGAACAACAUUACUUCUGGAUCGGAAUUGUCUCUGCAGAAGAUCGUAGCUGAUCCAGCACACAGUUUGUCUCUUUUCACUCGCCUGCAGACUACGGCUCGCAUGGUUUUAUCGUGGUGUUAUUCUAAAACCCAUGAAUUCCUAGCAAGCUGGUCCAUUAGCUCUUUUAUUCUUCUCACGCAAACAGAUUUAAAGAUUUUAUCUGAUGAAACUAAGCGAGCAGUAUGCGUGGCUCAGACUUUGUGCACAAGUCUAUCCCAGUAUAAUUCGUUGCAAGAUGCCUACAUACAUUCAGCACUCACAGAAGUUUACCAUGACCUGGAAGACAUCAAUUCACAGCUGCAGUCCCUGUCUGGCUCAGUGAUGAAACUGUUCUCUGAGAACUGUGGGAAGAUUUCCAGGCAGUUCUUUCAGAACAAUAUGCCUGGCGGGAAGGUCUGGAGAAGUAAGAGUGUUGGGCUUAGAAAACGGAGUUCCAGACACCUACCAAAAUCCAAUUCUGAUUGUAAAAAAUCCAGAUCUGGAUAUAAUAUAGACUACACUGUUGAACAACAGGAUUAUGUUGAACACGCUUUGGAAACGAUCCUUGAGCCUGUACUCGAUGGAGUUAGUAAGCUAAAAGUUACAUCUCAGCUGAGUGUUAUUUCCAUGGCAACUGUUGCCAUGUGUGAGGCUUGGACAGAUUACAUUCUCAAAGAAAAAAUCAAAUUUAGUUUGCAUGGAGCUCAUCAACUUGGAGCUGACUUCACUUUUGUCCGCACGUGGCUUAGUACUGCCAUUCAGAAUAAUGAAGUACGCCAGAGUAUUACUCAGCUGUCAGUGUUCAACUAUCUCAAUGGAAUUGUACUUCUACUACAGAGACAACCAAAACGACGAGGUUCAAGCCGAUUUACAGAUCCUUGCUCCACAGACGAUAUCAAUUCUGAUAAUGUUGAAGGCAACGAGGCAGACAGCAGCCGAAGAGGAGCAUCUGCAGCAAGUUGUGAGUCUGCAGCAGAAAGCACCACACCCAAUGACGAGAAAGAUAUUUGCAGCGUCCCAAACACAGAAGAUUGGUUGGCGUUGAGAGUCUGCGGAGGCUCUCGUUCCUGGAAAUUCCCUUCUUGUUUCAAUAUACAACGUGAAGAUUCCUGA